AUGUCGGCAGGAGCUUUUACCCGUCGCCAGCUUCGACCUGUGGUUCUUGACGGCGCCGGGGACGUCACUCUACCUCUUGAUACCAAGGACUCAGGGCAGGGAGCUAGGGAAGGGACAGCACCGAGCUUUGCUCUCGAACCGCCUGUGGAGAAGCAGUCCACUGCUAUGACCUCCGCAACGUCAGAAGCAACGGUUUCAGCAACAUCAUCACCAGUGGCGACGAGCACUGGCGCUUUGACGAGCGCGAGUGACAUCUCUAGCACUGUUACUUCUUCUACGUUCCUGGCGGCAGCGUCGGCCACACCGUCAAGCGCUUCGUCUGACGAUGUCUCGCCGUCAACGACAGUGGUGGUGGUGACCUCGCCUUUGCCUUCAACGUCAUCUACUGCAAUCGGAGCCAACGCUGAGGCUUCUCACUCAGACUCAUUCUAUGUUGCUAUUGCUCUUGCGGCUACAGGGGGAGUUGCUGCCAUCCUGCUACUCCUCGCGUGGUGGACGCGCGUGCGCGCUCGAUCUCGAAGACGCUGGGAACUCGCGUCCCGUUCAUCCUCCACAACCAACUUUGAUCUUCUGUGGCAACCUUCUUGA